AUGUAUUUCCACCGUGCCAGUCUACCCCUUCUGGGGGCCCUGUCCCUCUCGGCUCGAGCUGCUCCUCAGUCGGAGGAUCUGACUGCCCAGAGGCCUGGAAUCAUACAGCUGUCUCUCAAAGCUCCGAGAGCGAGGGACAAGCGCCAAGUCGAUAUUGACCUGACGUACACUUCCAAUUUCAAGUACGAUGUAGAGUUUUCUCUUGGCACACCCGGCCAGAAAAUUGUCGGCAGCUUCGACACCGGCUCUGUAUACAUAUGGGUAAGAGAGAAAGCAGAAGCUUCAGUCAACACCGCCGUCGCCGGGGCUCGUUCCUACUUCGACAAAAGUAGCAGCUCGACUCUUAUUGGAGAUGGCGGCGUCCUUCUCGGCGGCGUCAACCGGAAGAAGUUCUGGGGUCGUCUCGGGAAGCAGAAAAUGACUGUGCACCCCUUCCACGGCAAGGACUACGUCAUCUCCUUUAACGAGGUCUCUGCUACGGCUGAGAACGGGUCGAAAUCUAGUUUAAGUCGAUCUGAUGAGGGCAUUCCUGCACUACUCGAUACCGGCACUCUUCUGAAUAAGUUUCCGCCCUCUGUUUUCCAGUCAAUUUUAAAGAGAUUUCCUGGCGCUAAACCCAUGAACAAGUACCCGCUCUACAUCGUUGAUUGCUCACUCCGUGAUGUCAAUGCCUCGAUCGACCUUGCCUUUGGCAAAACAACUAUCAAGAUGCCAUAUAGCAACUUCAUCCUCUCGAUUGAGAAACCCGAGUGCGUUCUUGUACACACAGUGCUCGGCCAAGUGUUUAUGCGCGGCGCCUACAUAGUCAUGGAUCAAGACAACUCGGAGGUCUAUCUGGCCAACGCCGUGAGCUGCGGUUCCGAACCGGUAGCUAUCGACAAGGACGUUUCCGCUAUAUCUUCUCUCACCGGGAAGUGCCAGCCCCCCGUCGUGGAACAGAAUCUUUUGCCGUGGAAAAGGCCUGGCAUAGAUGCUGAGAAUUGUGUGGAUGCGGCAAGCGAAGACGUUUGUGGGACAGCCGAAUACUGUAGGAUCUUCCCAGGCGCAUUUGGCAGCGACUUUGAGACGGAAGAUGACUGCCUUGCCGCUCAUGAAAUUCCACUCGAUGAUUGA